UCACGCUCCUCUGACGUGAUGAUGUAAUGCGGCCUGGGUUAGAGAGGAGGAAGAAGAAAAAUCAACAACAAGCCUGUUGGGUCAGUGAUCGACAGCGUCUAGACCAGUAGUCAAAAACCAGUCUAAUAUCACUCCCGAAGGCAAGAUGUCUUUGUUUGGGAAGUUGUUUGGUAGCAGUGGAAAAGGGGGCAAAUCUCCAAGCCCCCAAGAGGCGAUCCAGCGACUGCGAGAAACAGAAGAAAUGUUGACGAAGAAACAAGAAUUCCUUGAGAAGAAGAUCGAGCAGGAGCUUGUGACGGCCAAGAGAAACGGAACGAAGAACAAAAGAGCUGCAUUGCAGGCACUGAAGCGUAAGAAGCGCUAUGAGAAGCAGUUAGCUCAGAUUGAUGGCACUCUUUCUACUAUCGAGUUCCAGCGGGAGGCGCUAGAGAACGCUCACACCAACACCGAGGUCAUCAAGAAUAUGGGCUUCGCUGCCAAGGCCAUGAAAGCUGCUCACGACAACAUGGACAUCGACAAAGUGGACGACCUCAUGCAGGACAUCACAGAACAGCAGGAGCUGGCGCAAGAAAUUUCAGAUGCAAUUUCAAAGCCUGUCGGGUUUGGGGAGGAAUUUGAUGAGGAUGAGCUGUUAGCUGAACUAGAGGAGCUGGAGCAGGAAGAGUUAGAUAAGAACCUCCUGGAGAUCGGAGACAACGUACCAUUGCCAAAUGUGCCCUCUACAUCCUUACCUGCCAGACCAGCAAAGAAGAAAGAAGAAGAGGAUGAGGAUGACAUGAAAGACCUGGAGGCGUGGGCUGCCAAUUAAUGCUCCCCGAAACCCAUACACACUAUACAAGGCAUAAACCUCACUCCAAUACCUGUUACUAAAGGACCUGGAAUGUUACAGUAUGACGUCUUCAUAUUUAAACACACACACAAGAGGAAAACAAAAACAUAAAUAAAAAGACAAAUCUCCUUCAGGUCAACACACUCAUCUAAGCGAGUCUGAGAUCUUGCCUCAUUUCUCCUCAUCUCUGGACUGUUUAAACACGACAAAAGGCUUGUUGUAGAUCAGUGUUUGUGUGUUCAUUACCUCUAAAAGUAGUCUUAUAUUUUCAAGCUUCCAUCACAAGGAAUCCUCUGCUUGAUCUAAGAAACCAAUACUCACAGAAACCCUCUGCACGAAGGGGAAAGUGUCAUGUUUUUGGAGAGAACAUGUGGUAUAUUACGAGUUCAUUUGUUCGCAAGUUCUGUUAAAAGCACUGAAAGCCCCGUUUGAUUCUGUGCAUCGAGCGUUUCAGUGCAGGUGCUUCCCACGUCUAAUAUCCGUAGCGCCCACAGGACGUCCUAGAUUAGCACUUAGACUUUAUGAGUACAAGUCUUGCUUUCCGUUUCGGGACUGAGGUGGGCAUGAAGUUUUGAGGAUCCAUCUGAAGUUUGAGUGCUGCUGCAACUGUAAGGCUUUUACUGUACACAGCGUCUCUCUCUAAUGGCAUCAUGGUUUACAGUCUCCUGGCAGCAUGGGAUUCCUAUAUGGAAUAGGUCUCUUUACUUGAGAAACGUAUACUGUACUGUAUUUGAGAUAUUUCAGAAAUACCAGCGAUUGAUUCUAAGAUAUCUUUACACUAGAAUUGGUUUCUUGAACCUGAGUGUUUAUUAGGGAGAAAAGGGACAAGGUUUGUUGUAGAUUUCAGAUUGUUGUAUUAUAUUUGAGAUGUGAAUGCAUUCAAACAGAUUUGUUCAGACAGGACAGACUGCACAGAUUAUUGUAAUAUCAUGCUUUAUUUUACAGAGGGCACUGUUAUGAUGUUCUAGCACAGUGGAUUUAUUCAUUUUCCUCUCAUGAGUCUAUAAAUAAUUGUAUUAUUGAAUAUUGAGAGGUGAGAGAAGCACUAAACUUUAACUGUUUAUUUAUCGGAAAGUUUCAUUCACAAUAUUUAUUGUUUGACACUCUUCAUUUAUGUCCUUCUCUGCCUUUCAACCUUACACCUGCAUUAAAGUUUUGCCAAAUUAACAGCUCUUUGGAAUUUUAUUUGCGCAGUAGAUAUUCCUUCCAUUGUUUGCCUAAUUUUUCUUUCUUUUUUCACAUCACAUCAUCACUGCUCACCUUGAAAAUGAGUUUUUGUCUAUUGAAUAUGAAUUUGUAGAAACAGUGUCCAGGUAGGAGAAUAUUGCAGUCUUUCAGAGACAUCAAUAGAAUUUGUUAUGGCGCCAUUCUGUUUCUUUAUUGCAGGGCAAAGGAAAAUUAAGGCUUUGAAGCAACAUGCGGUGUGUAAUAAUGCAAACUGAUUUGUACAGGAUGUGAAAGACAAAGCUUUAAUACAUUUGUAUGUUUUCAUUAUCUUGUAGGUGCUGGAUUUAUCAUUGUUAUAUCAUUAUCGUUAUAAUCUCACUUAUUACUGUUAUUAAAAUAUUUUGACUGAGU